UGCUUUCGUGAAUUCAAUCGCUCGCGGCUGUUUUUGCACAUUUCGCUGAAGUUUUCUAAUUAGUCUGAACAUUAAUGGGAUUUUGUAUGGGAAUUGUCUUAUUGUACCAUUUAUUAUUGAAUAAUCCUCAUUGUGGAACCAUAAAAAAUAGUGUACCAUCUAAGUGAAAACCUAAAAUGGACAAUGCGUAUGGAGGAGAUGAAGGCUAUGACGAAGAGCAAGAUCAAAGCGAAUAUGCGGAGGCGAAGCCGAAAUUAGGAAACAACUUACCAGUUUGGGGUAAUCCACGAACUAUGAACAUUAAUAACUUGAUAUUGACAAACAUACAAGCAUCACCAUACUUCAAAGUUAAACUUUACGAGCUUAAGACAUAUCAUGAAGUUAUUGAUGAAAUUUAUUACAAGAUUGAUAAUCUAGAACCUUGGGAAAGAGGAAGUCGAAAAACUGCAGGUCAAACUGGAAUGUGUGGUGGCGUUCGAGGUGUCGGCACUGGUGGAAUUGUCUCUACUUCCUAUUGUAUUUUAUAUAAACUUUUCACACUAAAGUUGACAAGAAAACAGUUGAAUGGAAUGUUAAAUCACACUGAUUCACCGUACAUUAGAGGCCUCGGUUUUAUGUACAUCAGAUACUGCCAACCACCAAAAGAUCUUUAUUCAUGGUUCGAACCUUAUUUUGAAGAUGAAGAGGAAAUUGAUGCAAAAGCAGGAGGUGGGUGUCUCAUGACAAUUGGAACAAUGGUUCGUAAUCUCCUGACGAAGCUUGAAUGGUUCGACACGCUUUUCCCAAGAAUUCCUGUACCGAUUCAAAAACAGAUUGAUGAAAAGUUAAAGGCUAGAAUGAUGACUCAAAAAUGGGAAGCAAGAAGCAAAAGUCAAGGUGUAGAAGACAGAGACUACGAAUCAAAUAGAAGUUAUGACCAAAAUCCAGGUCGAAGCCGCAGUCAGCAAGUGGAGAGGACCAGGCAAAAAUCACGAUCUCGUUCUAAAGAUCGUAAGCAUUCCAGAAGACGCUCACAUGACAGAGAUAGGGACAGACGUGAUUAUAAUGACCAUAAAAGAUCGAAGCGUAGUCGUUCAAGGGAUAGGGAAAGAAGACGAAGAAGUAGGAGUGGGUCACAUAAAAGAAGUCAUAAGCAUCGCAGUCGAUCACGCUCCAGGGAACACAAGAGAAAAAGAUCCAGAGAUCGUGAUGAAAGACGAAAAGAACAUUCGCACAGGUCUAGAUGAAGAAAAUACCCUAAAGCAUAAUUGCUUAUAAGGGCAUCACAAUGCUAUGUAAAGUCUCCUAAUACGUUUACACUACUCGGACAAAAUUUUUGAUGAUGUGAAGAAUUUCAAUUUGUUAGGUCUAGUUUUUAUUAUUUGAUCGGACAAUUUGCAGACACAUCACCUACGUGUUUUCGCUCUUUGGAAUUGCCUCCCAUUUACUACUUCUUGAUAAUGUUGACUUGAAUAGUUUCAAAUCUCGUCUACUGGAAUCUGUUUAGAAAAGACAAAACCGAUAUAUAGAUUAUAGCUUGUGUUAGUGGUCACUCUCAAUUCCUCCUCUGGCUAGUUUUAAUUGAAGGGUCUUUGCUGGAAAAAUAGGCGAUUGUGGAAGAUGGACAGCCUUGUUGUAUGAUCGAGUGUUAUUGGAUGUAUAUAUUGACGAAAUACUUUCACCUUUUUUAAUGUUUUAUGCUAGUGUGGCUGUGGCGAUUACUUUUUUGGGAUUAGUUUGAAACGCUACAGUAACAGUCAAUAAGGGAUACCGAUAUUUUAUUCCUAUUUGGGUUUGUAGCAACCUACCCAUUUGUAGCAAACUAUGGAAUUCGGCGGAAUUUAUUAUAACAGGUUCAGAUUGAUAAAAUAUUCAAUGCUUUUGCUACAUAAUGUUUAAGAUUUGUCAGUUAAUGUAAAAAUGUGGCCUGGCAAUAUCAAAAUAGCUGCUAUCUUGCAUCAGAUUUUACUUUUUUAUUAAUGCCUGGACUGCUUUCUUGGCGGCUUCUUAUUGGACCAUUGACUUUGUACAUAUCCUUGUGUCGAUUUUCAACAUCUUUCUUUUGUUAUGAAAGUGUUGUUUUGAAAAAAGUAAUCAUAGAGAAAUUG